AUGCCCAUCAAGCCGGACGAGGCGGGCGAGGCGGCGGAGCGCGGGGCGAGGGCCCGGGGCGGCGUCGGCCGUUGGUCGCGGGACAGAGAGAAGCGUGGCAGUGAGGCGGCGGGCAGCGGCGGGGCGGGGGCCGGGGCGAAGCGGCUACGGAGGCGAGGUGGCCGGGGCGAGGCAGGGGCGGCGGAGGAGAGGGGGCCGGGCGAGGGGCAGGAGAUGCGGCGGGUGGUGGCGACGGGUAGAGAGCACGGCGGGUGGUAUGUGAGGAGGUCGAUCCGAGGGGGCAGCCGGGAGGCGGCGAGCGACGGCGGAAGCGAGGGGCAGGAAGAGGACGGCGGGUGGCGACGGGUGAGCGGCAGCGGGUGGCGGCGGGUGGCGACGGGCGGCGGCGAGAGUCGUGUGGGCGUCGGCGACGGGCGCGAGCGUGGGAAGAAGAGAUAG